UCCGGAAUCUCACGUGCGAGUCGUCUCUGGUGAGUGGGAGUUUUGGGAACGCAGUUAGGGUUUAGCGCGAGCCCUUUGGAGCGCCUUCUCUCCGCCAAUUUUCCGGACCUACUGACAGAACAAAGACUCACGCCCACAUUGUGACUCGGAUCAGAGAGAGUGAUUGAAAGAGAUGGGGAAGAAGGCGAAGAGCUCCAGAAAGGGGAAGAAGGCAUGGAGGGCAAACAUAAGCACGGAAGAUAUCGAACACUUCUUCGAGAAGUCCACCAAAGAUGCUCUCUCUGGUGGCUCUCUCUCCUCCGCCCCCUCCGACUCCCUCUUUGUUCUUGACAGAUCCAAAGAUCUAGCUGUGAGGCGGAAGAUUGAAAAACAUAGGGAAAAAGUACUCCGCUGUGACAGCCUGCUAGAGAAGAACCCUUUUGUUCAGCCAGUUCCAUCAUCAACACUGAAGAAAACAAAGAGAAUGCACAAGGAGGUUUCAAAAGCAAAUGAUGCAACUGAAGAUUGUCCCAAGGGUGAUUCUACCACAGCUUCUGGCAUGGACGACAUAUGGGAUGAGAAAGGUGAAGGCAACGGCGAUGCCAUAAAGAGAUUGAAGCCUUCAAUUAUUCCAGCAGUAGAAGUUGAGCCUCCAGGUUGCUCAUUCAAUCCCUCAGUAGAAAGUCAUCAGGAGGUGCUGGCUCAUGCUGUUGCAGAAGAAAUGCAGAAGGUCUAUCAAAAAGAGUUGGGCCCUCAGCCAGUUCCAUUAACUGUGCCUGGGGAAGUCAUCGAUGAAGAAGAUAUGUAUUUUAUUGAGGCAGAUAAGGGAAGUGAUGAUGAUGAGACUAAUUUGGAAACUUCGGGUGAAAAUGAGGAGUCUGCCCUGGAUAAAAGGUCAAGUAGAACAAAGAGGUUGACACGAGUUGUGUUGAAUAGGAGAGCUAGACAAAAAGAAAAGCUGAGAAAGGAAGCAGAAGCUAGAAGGGUGGAUGAAAUAUCUAAAGAAAUUGACUGUUUACCAGAUAUCAUUCACGAAAUAGCCAAGGAGGACGAGGAUAAGCAGAAAAGACACCUCCGGCGAGUUGUAGCCAAACAAGAAAGACUAAAGUCAUGUCCACCACGCUUGGGGAGGCACAAAUAUGAGCCCGCCCCAGUUCAAGUGCUACUAUCUGAAGAAAUAACUGGAUCACUCCGCAAGUUGAAGGGUUGUUGCACCCUUGUGAAGGACCGGUAUAAGAGCCUAGAGAAAAGAGGAUUGGUUAUCCCAACAGUCAAAAGCAGGAAGUAGAGUGGUUUGCCGUUGAACGGACAGAUUUCACGGGAAGGGUUAUCUUUAUAAACAAAGUGAUUGACGGCGGACAGUGGUGGACUCAGCUACGCAUGAUGAAGUUUGUUGUUUUCGGUGUUUACUAACUUCUUCGUUGUUUUGUGGUUUGUUCUUUUCCACACUUUACUGGUAAAAUAUUUGCGGUUCUAUUUAGUUUUCGGUAGGUACUAUUUUAAUGGAAAACAUUACUUUAAGCCUGCAUUUCUAUAAAGCAAGCAUCGAGGGUUUUACAAA